UCCAAAUCUUAAUCUGAACAAGAAAACUCCGACUGAAGUAAAACCAUGGGAGUGCAGUGUGUGUGGAAAAGUCUUCAUGCGCCAUUCGUCCCUCAAUAGGCAUAAGAGAUCUCACACUUCACCUAAACCAUACAAGUAUCAGGAAUAUGGAAAAAAGCCUUAUAAAUGUAAAGAAUGUGGAAAAGCUUUCAGCUAUCUCCAACCUUUUCAAAAACAUGAAAGAACUCACACUGGAGAGAAACCCUAUGACUGUAAGGAAUGUGGGAAAGCCUUCAUUUCUCUUGGAAGCUUUCAAAGACAUAUGAUAACGCAUACUGGAGUUGGACCUUAUAAAUGUAAGGAAUGUGGGAAAGCAUUCAGUUGUCCCAGUUCAUAUCGAAUACAUGAAAGAUCUCACACUGGAGAAAAACCCUAUGAAUGUAAACAAUGUGGUAGAGCCUUUAGUUGUUCUAGUUCCUUUCGAACACAUGAAAGGACUCACACUGGAGAGAAACCUUAUCAAUGUAAAGAAUGUGGAAAAGCCUUCCAUUGGCUGACCACUUUCCAAGUACAUGAAAGGACUCACACUGCAGAGAAACCUUAUGAAUGUAAACAAUGUGGGAAAACCUUCAGUUCUCCUCUAGGUUUGCAAAUACAUGGAAGAACUCACACUGGAGAGAAACCCUAUAAAUGUGAGGAAUGUGGGAAAGCAUUUGUUUCUCUCACAAGUUUUCGAAGACACAUGAUGACCCACACUGGAGAUGGACCUUAUAAGUGUAAGGAAUGUGGGAAAGCCUUCAAUUGUCCCAGUUCAUUUCGAAUACAUGAAAGGACUCACACAGGAGAGAAACCCUAUGAAUGUAAAAUAUGUGGUAAAGCUUUUAGUUGUUCAAGUUAUGUUCAAGUACAUGAAAGAACUCACACUGGAGAGAAGCCCUAUGAAUGUAAGGAAUGUGGGAAAGCUUUUAUUUAUCGUACAACCUUUCGAGGACACAUGAGAGUGCACACUGGAGAGAAACCCUAUAAGUGUAAAGAAUGUGGGAAAGCCUUCAGUCGACCCAGUUCAUUUAGAAGCCAUGAAAGAAUUCACACUGGAGAGAAACUCCUUGAAUGUAAACAUUGUGGGAAAGCCUUCAACUGGCCCACAUCCUUACAUAAACAUGUGAUGAGAAUGCACAGUAGAUAGGUAAAUUAUAACUGAAAAAUACAGGAGAGUUUUCAAUCUUAACAAAUACAAAGUCAUGUAAAAACACCACUGGAGAGAAAUGCUAUAAAUGUAAGUAAUAGGGGAAAGUCUGAUACAAAUUAAAUCAAGCAUAAUACUCCAGAGAAUUCAGUACAUGAAAGAAAUGCUUCAAAAGUUAAAAAUAAUGAAUUUCAUUCUGAAACUCAGUCUCUGGACUAUGGACAACUAACUCCACAGUUACUGCUUUUCAGCUGAACAUUGAGUUGAGACAAUUCUGUAAGCACUGUUUAAGCAAUAGUACAUAAGCUUAGUAGGUAGUGUUUUUCCUUGAAUCAGCUUAUAAAAUGUUGUCUUUCCAUUUUGAAGUCUGUUGGAUCUAUGGGUGAGUUAAAGUGUAUUUCUAAUAUAUAGGAGGGUUAAUUUUUUUUUUUUAAAGAUUUUAUUUAUUUGUUUGACAUUGAGAGAGGACACAAGC